ACGGCUGGGCACGGCUGGGCAGGGCUCGGCACAGCACGGUUGGGCACGGCUGGGCACGGCACGGCCGGGCAGGGCACUACAACUCCCGGGGCGCUCCGCGCCGCGCGUCACGCAGCCGCGCCGGGCUGAGCCGAGCCGGGACGGGACGGGACGGGACGGGACGGGACGGGACGGGCUGAACCGGGACGGGACGGGCUCCGCUCUGCACCGCCGCCAUGCAGAUGACCUUCUUCUUCUCAGACAGGGUGGUGCUGCUGUUUGACUUCUGGAGCGUGCACACCCCCACAGGGCUGGCGCUCUCCGUGCUGGUGGUUGCGCUGCUGUCGGUGCUGUACGAGGUGGUCAAGAUGGGCAAGGCCAGGGUGCUGCAGCGGGCGCUGCUGGCCGUGUCCCCCAGCCUCAGCCGUGAGGCGCUGCUGGAGCCCGACGAGGGGGAUGGCGGCCACGGGGCCACGCAGGGCAGGUGGUUCCAGUUCCAUGUGGCCCAGACGCUGCUGCACAUGGUGCAGGUGGUGCUGGGCUACACGCUGAUGCUGGCCGUCAUGUCCUACAACGCCUGGGUCUUCCUCGGCGUGCUCGCGGGCUCCACCAUCGGCUACUUCGUGGUGUACCCGCUGCUCAGGGUGGGCUAGGCGUGGGGACCCACCCCCCCGGGACACCGCGGGGUGCUGGGGUGGCACCGCUGUCACACAGCCACCGUCACGUCUGCUGGCUGCGUCCCUGUCCCCAAGCUGUGCAGGACGCGGCACCACCGGGGGUGGCACUGGUGGCUGUCCCCCGGCUCUCAGGGAGCUUUUGGCCACGGGAUUUGGGGAGCUGACUGCUGGGGGUGGGGGGUGCUGGGCCCCCCCUCUGCUGGGGGGGGGGGGGGUGCGGUUUUGGCACUGGGAUGCUCCAUGUGUGAUCUGGGCAGGUCCCUGGGCUCCCCUCCAGCACGGAUCCUGCAUCCUGCCCUGCCCCAAACCCCUCACACUGUGCCUUGGGGGUGCCUGCAGAAGGAGCCCGGUGCUGGGGGGUGGGGCCCGGCCACCCCCCCCCACCUCACCCCCGUGCCUCCUGGUUAGCACUUUAGGAUGGGGAGCUGCUGCCUCCUGCUGCCUGUGGCAAUAAAACCACUGGGGUCGUUCGGCUCCUGGCUUGGUGUGGGGCUGCUGGAGGCGAUGCGGGGCCCUGGCACCCCCCGGCUCACAGUGGGUUUGGGGGGGGCUGCACCUCAGCCCCAUCACUGCCCCCCCCCCCUCCCCCCCGGCACACAGCAGUGUCCUGGGGCCGAGCAGUUGGGGAGUAAGGACAGUCUCCUCUGGCUUUAAAUAAAGCUUUAGUUCUUUUAUUAAUUAUUAUAAGCAUAUCUUAAACAUUUGUAUAACAUUCUUAAUAAAAUAUCUUGGAAGAGA